UACAGAAUAACAACAUGUUACAUGGCGAAUUAGGCUUAUCCGCUAAAUUAACUAUUUUUGCCUCCGGCUCGUUGUGUAUGAUAAACAACAUUCUCAUUGCAUGCGAGUUUCUGGCGCACUAGUAGAGAGUACAAGUAAAUUUCUAGAAAUAAAGCACAAAAUAUUUUUACUUCCUUCUCAGGGAAAGACGAAACAAUUAUGUUAUCCAGACCGCAGUCACAGUCACAGUGUGACUGUCUCUUUUCAGACUCUUGCCUUGGACUUUGGCAAGUUGGGGCGUUUUGUCAGUAACUUGGGCUGUCCUCAUGUCCGGGACAAAUGAUUUCUAAGAUUCAAAUGCUGUAAAUAUGCAGAUGUGUACGAAUCCAUAUGUGACUAAAGGUGGUGACUUUAUUGUAAAACCGGAAUGCCCUGCCCCUUGGACAUCCACAUGGCCAGAUGGAAUGAAGGAACUGCAAGGCAGAACCAGACCACAGGCAAAGUGGCAAGCCAGGUCAACCCCGUCUUCGUCUCAUGCCCAGAGUAGUCUUUACAACAGAAUGUACCGACCCAAAACAGCGGCCGCCAUUCUCAGUCGAACAGAUUGUGAUCGGGUGUUAAAGUUGGAGCAUGAACCGACGCGGCGGCACAACUUUGAAAAUCAUCUGGGAACAAAACGGACCAAAGCACCUCCCUGGCAGAAGAAGUUUGAUACUCCACUCGUUCCGUUUGUCGUGGGCCCGGGCUACAUUCUGUCGAGGAGUAAAAGCAAAUAUGUUGCCACGCUGAAGAACAAUUUCUUUGACCAGACUCAAGAGGAAAUCCAGAAGAGGAAAGAGAGUGAUAAUGAGAAGAACAAUUUGAUCAACCAGCUUCAAGAGCAAAUCUGCAACCUGACGCUGUAUCUGGAGGAGGAGAGACUGAACCAUAAACUUACCAAACAGAAGGCUGAAGACUUCUUGCGAGACAAAAUGGACCAGCUCACUGAACAACAUAACUGUCAAAUCAGCGAUCUAGUGGAAGAGCGUGAGCGUUCACUGAUUAAACAGAAAGCUCAACUAGAGGAAGAAUUCAACCAGUACAGGGCAAAGACUGAAGGCCAGAUUCAGAAGCUGACGAAGGAUAUUGAGUUCCUGCAGGGAGCGUUUGAGUCGUACAAGAGCACGCUUCACUCCGAGACCGGGGAGAAGUGGAAGAAAAUGGAGGAUGAGUGGAAACACAAAUACAAAGAGCAAAAACAGACCGCACUUCAUGAACUCAGAACAAAGUUGAUACAGGAGAAGAAUGCGGAACUGUCGAAGGUAUCCAAGGAGCAGCAUCAACAGAUGGAACUCCUACGCAAGGAGCACAGGAAGGAAAUUGACGCACUUAUCCGAAGAUUUUCUAAUGCUGCAGCGGAUCUUGAACGGUUAGAGAAAACAACAGCAGAACUAAAGGAAACACAGACUGAGUUCAAGGAACUGAAAUCUCGUUAUGACGAAACUUGUGACCAACUCGCCAACACCAUGCGACUCCUCACUGAUUCGAAAAUCAAGGUGCUGGAGUUUGAAGAGCUGUUUGAGGAGAAGGUUCAGGCCAUUGAUGACAAAUACCGAGAAAGACUGGAUGGUCUGAUGGUUCAAAACACCGAACUCAGACGUCAGUUCACGAGGAAAUGUGGAGAGCUCUUUGAUCAGCAGUCUUCAUCAGAACAGGAGAAUUUUAAGAGGAUAGAAACGGCAAAAGAAGCCCUGACGGAGGUGAUCAAGUCAAAGGAGAGAGCGAACGUCAACAUGAGCGCGACAGUUCCCGAGUUGGAGAAGUUGCAGCGUGAGCGUAAAUCCCGGCCCGCGAGUGCGCCGACCACUCGACGCGAAGCCAACACUGCUCACCUGAGUGCUGGGGAAACCGACCACCUUCACAGACCCAAGAAGCUUAUACACCCCGAGCCGAGCUAUAUCGCUGAAACCUCGCCCGAGACCGAGCAGCUACGUAAAGAACUCUUGUCACAAAAUGUCCGAGUUUUCACAAAAGAAGAUUUACUCAAUGCCUUGGAUACAUAGCAAUCUCGAAACUGGUUUAUUUGUUGAAGUAAUUUUUGUUACACAAAAUAAAAGUGAAAGUUAUUCGGUGGCAUGGACACAUGUAGUAGUCUCAAAACUGGAAUAUUUAUCGAAGUAAUAUUUGUUACACGAAGAAAAGUGAAAGUUAUUCAGUGGCUAGGACAAAUAGCAAUGUUUUGAAACUGGAUUAUUUAUUGCUUUAAUAUUUGUUACACAAAGAAAAGUGAAAGUUAUUCAUCAGCUUGGACAAACAGCAAUCUUGAAGCUGGUGUAUUUAUUGAAGAAAUAUUUGUUACACAAUGAAAAAUUAAAGUUUUUCAGUGGCUUGGACACAUAGCAAUCUCAAAACUGUUGUAGUUAUUGCUUUAAUAUUUGUGACACAAAGAAACGUGAAUGUUAUCCAGUGGCUAGCACACAUACAUGUAGCAAUCUAGAAACAGGAGUAUUUAUUGCUUUAAUAUUUGUUACAGAAAGAAAAAGAAAAGUUAGUCAGCAGCUUGGACACGUGUAGGGCCUAGUAUUCUUGAAAGUAGCGUAGUUAUUGAAGUAAUAUUUGUUGCACAAAGAACAUUGAAAAUUAUUCAGUGGCUUGGAUAUAUAGCAAACUUCAGACUAGUGUAGGUAAUAUGUGUUGGUGAAAAAGGAAGGGGAAACAUAUUCACCGGCUUGGAAACAGAAUUUUAAUUUUUAAUGUCCAUUGCACAAAGAAAGGUAGAAGUUAUUCUGUUAUUUUAGAUUAGCAUCUCGUUUAAGACGACAGCUGCUUAAAGGUUCAAUCCAUAGCCUCGUUUUACAAAAAGAUCUUAGGACUAACAUCACCUAAGCAUUCUUUGCACUAAGAUAUUGCACUUAAGAUGAUCUUUGCCCCAAGAUCUCUUCGUAAAACGGUGCCUAUAUGUCAUACCAUUGGUUAACACAUGACUGUUACAUGUUGCAUUUAGGAGAAUCUAUGAAACAUUCUUGCCAUCUGCAAACCUUUGUUAGCAUAGUAUUGUGCACAUCAUAGUCAGGUAUGAGACCAGGUUUUAUUUUGGUUUUUUAAACAUGUACCCUUCAAUUAAUCUUGGUUUAGAACCACAAAACCAUAUUUUAAAACCAAGUAUUUAAGAUUUAUAUUAUAUUAUUAACUGAACACUCAGGCCUAUAGUUUACACCAAGGUUUAUGGCGAUAAAUGUACCCACAAUAAGUAUGCCAAAAAAUAAUAAUUCCCAAAGAAUUUCUUAUACAGUUAAAAUGUUUAUCUUCUUUCGAUGAAAAGGUGAUUGAUGUUUUGUUAAUGUAUUAAUAGCAGUGAUCUGCAUUGUUUUAUUUCCUGUGUGUCAUUGAUAGACUUACUACUUAAAAUAUUAACUACUUUUGAUACAAAUUAACAUAAUUGAUGUUUUGUUAAUAUUAUAAUAGCAGUGAUCUGUGAUAUUUUAUUUCCUGCGUGUCAAAGUUUAUUAGUGAAAAAAAAGAAUUUAACAAUAAAUAAUACAGGUAUAUAUGAAGUGUUAUGUGGAAUAUAUUAAAAGUAAAAGAUAAAUUUCAAACAUUUGAUUUUAAAUUGUAUUGUUGACUAUUGUACUCUUUAUUUAUGCCCCACUCCCCCGUACAUCAUUCAGAGUUGGGGGAGGGUGUACGUUUGAGUAUCACUCGUGUGAGAAAUCUUAGGAUCGGGGACACCAACAGAAAGGUUUGUGUUAUUAUUACUGAAUAAAAUUUGUUAGUUCUGCAAAUUUGGUUAAGUAAUAGUAUAGUUCUAUAAGGUCGUAAUAAAAAAGACAUUAGAUUUUCAUCCAAAUUGUUUUUCAAAAUAGGGCGAGGCAUGAUUUUUUUUUUUUUCCAAGAUGUAAAAUACCACGUCAAACAAAAAUUGUUUUUUAACUUUGCCAGUAAAAAGGAGAGGGUGGCUGGGGUGCUUUAUCCUUGAGGUAGGCAAUUAUAAAUAUCUACAAUUCAUUUCAUUAUUAUGGCCCAACAAGCAAUUUUUGCGACCUAUUAUUAGUUGUUUUCAUGUGUACUUGUUACUUUUAAGUUGUUUUAAAUAUUCAUGAAUUUGUUUUAUUAAAACCAAAUGAAGCAUUUUUGUGAAUAGAUUUAUUUGGUAAAAUACAAAUUAAAAAUUUUUUAUUACU